AUGGCUCGUUUCUAUUAUCAAUGCAAUUUUGAUUUAAAAAACGAAACUGGAUACGAUAAUGCUGUAUUAAAACCAUUCGUUUGUCCGCCGGACAAAUAUUGUCCUUAUUGUUGUUGCAAUUGGCAGUGUUGUAUCGUGGUACAAAAACGUCCACCACGACAAAUCUGGGAGACUUGGUACUUUUGGUUGGGCGUUGCAUUAUUAGCUGUUUUUAUCCUAAUUUCGGUGUGCAGCUACGUAGUCAGUAAUUAUAGGCAUAACGUUCAAGGUGUGCCGUUCCGACAUAAUGCACAUAUUAAUGAUAACGAACGAAACCAUCGAGCCAAUCGUUCUAGACCAACACAAAACGAGGUGUCUAUAAGUAUAAUUCCUACAUCAGGAUUACUAUUGGGUCAUAAAAAAAUGGUCAUGAUUUCUACACAAAAUAAUGUCGCUCAUUUGAGUAAGUCAAUAUUAUUGCAAGACACGUUAAAAAUAUUAUCAACAUCUGUUAAAAAUUAUUCAUUGUUCAUUGAAUCAAUUCAAAUGCAUUCGAGUUAUAGACAAAGGUGACCAUAGAUCCUUGAAUCAAGGUCAUGUCUUCUCGUCUAGUUCUCGUCUAGAUUUCGAUUAGCUGGUUGAAGUGCAUACAUAUAUUUUAUUUACGUAUAUAUACUUUUAUUAUGCAUACAUAUAUAUAUAUAUAUAUAUAUACACACAAAUAUUUUAUAUAUAUAUAUAUAUAUAUAUAUAUA